GACCUUUCUGUUGAGUACAAACUUUAAAAGAAGCUCGCGAGGGUGAGAGAGAGAGAGAGGCUGAUGCUAAGCUAAGCUAACGCAGGCUCUGCAGCUGCUCGGGAGAGGUGUGGGAUUUAACCGCGGUACAGCUGCUCGGGAGAGGCGUGGAGUAGGUUUUGUGACCACACAGACUUUCAUACGGAGUUGGACGAAACGGACCAUCAUGGGAGACGACAGCGAAUGGAUGAAGCUUCCUACAGACCAGAAAUGUGAGCAUAAGGUUUGGAAAGCGAGGUUAAGCGGCUACACCGAGGCUCUGCAGCACUUCCAGAGGAUUCCAGAUGAGAAGAGUCCAGAGUGGAGCAAAUACCAAGGACUGAUCAAGAGAUUUGUGACCGAUUCGAAUGCAGUGGCACAACUUAAAGGACUAGAGGCAGCUCUGGUUUAUGUUGAAAAAGCACAUGUAGCAUCGAGAACGGUUGGUGAGGUGGUGUCCGGAGUGGUGUGUAAAGUCUUUAACCAGCCGAAAGCACGUGCUAAAGAGCUCGGCUCUGAUAUCUGCCUGAUGUACGUGGAGAUUGAGAAAGGAGACCCGGUUCAGGAAGAACUUCUCAAAGGCCUCGACAAUAAGAACCCGAAAAUCGCGCUGGCCUGUGUGGAGGUGUUGAGACGGGCGCUGAGUGAAUUUGGAGCAAAGAUCAUCACCUUGAAGCCGGUAGUGAAGGUGCUGCCAAAGCUCUUUGAGUCCCGGGAGAAGGCAAUUCGGGACGAGGCCAAACUGCUCGCCGUCGAGGUUUACAGAUGGAUCCGUGAUGCGCUGCGUCCUCCGCUUCAGAAUAUUAACUCCGUCCUGCUGAAAGAGCUGGAGGACGAGUGGGCGAAGGCAUCAGCACCUCGACAGAGUCGCUUCCUGCGAUCACAGCAGGACCUUCGAGUCAAGUUUGAGCAGCAGCAGGACAACGGAGACGAGGAAGGAGACGGCGACGUAGAGGAAGCCGUUCCUGCCGUCGACACUUAUGAGCUUCUGGAAGCAGUGGAAAUCCUCUCGAAGUUACCUAAAGACUUCUUUGAGAAGAUCGAGGCGAAGAAAUGGCAGGAGAGGAAGGAGGUGCUGGAAGCUCUGGAAGCUUUAACCAAAAACCCAAAACUAGAGGCUGGGGAUUAUGGAGAUCUCAUCAAAGCACUGAACAAGGUCAUCGGAAAGGAUUCGAACGUCAUGCUGGUGACGCUCGCCGCUAAAUGUGUAGCUGGACUUGCUGCUGGUCUCCGGAAAAAAUUUGGCACCUAUGCUGGUCAUUUGGUGCCAACCAUUUUGGAGAAGUUCAAAGAGAAGAAGGCUCAGGUGGUUCAGGCGCUGCAAGAAGCAUUAGAUGCAGUGUUUCUUUCUACAACGCUUGAAAAAGUAAGCGAGGACGUGUUGGCUGUGAUGGACAACAAAAAUCCAUCCAUCAAGCAGCAGGCUUCUCUGUUCCUUGCCAGAAGUUUCCGCCAUUGUUCUCCCACUACGCUGCCGAAAAACCUUCUCAAACCGUUCUGUGUUGCUCUGCUGAAGCAAGUGAACGAUUCUGCUCCUGAGGUUCGAGACGCAGCUUUUGAAGCUUUGGGCACGGCGCUCAGGGUGGUGGGUGAGAGGGCCGUUAACCCUUUCCUGACCGAUGUGGAUAAACUAAAAGUUGACAAGAUUAAGGAGUUUGCUGAGAGAGUGGAGCUGCCUGGAGGAAAGAGAACUGCAGGCCAGGUGAAGGAGAAAAGUGCUCCGAAAGCCCAGCCCGCAACAGCAGCUCCAGCGAAAACCUCUGCUCCUGCCAAGAAAACGCCUGCAGCCACUGCUGCAAAGCCAUCUGCCUCCAACAAGAAGAGCAAACCCUCUGCUCCUGCCAAAGCUAAGAAACUCGAGACCAAGGACAUGACUGAAGCUGAGCUCUCGCCUGAGGUGUGUGAAGAGAGAGCUGCUGCUGUUCUGCCAGCGUCCUGCAUCCAGAUGUUGGAGAGUGCAAACUGGAAGGAAAGGCUGGCUGCCAUGGAGGAGUUUCUUAAGGCCAUAGAUCUCCUGGACAGUAAAGAGAUGCCCUGCCAGGCUCUUGUCCGGAUGCUGGCGAAGAAACCUGGCUGGAAAGAGACAAACUUCCAGGUGAUGCAGCUGAAGCUGCAGGUCGUGUCUGCCGUGGCUCAGAGAGGCUCGUUUUUCUCCAGAACGUCAGCCCUGUUUGUGCUGGACGCUGUGGUGGAUAAAGCUGGAGAUGUGAAGUGUGGUGUGAGGGCUCGGGAGGCUCUGACGGCCAUCGCUGAAGCCUGCACUCUUCCGUGGACUGCAGAACAGGUUCUGUCCCUGGCCUUUGGUCAGAAGAACCCUAAGAACCAGGCUGAAGCUCUGAACUGGCUUUGUGGUGCUAUAAAGGAGUUUGGGUUCACAGGAAUAAACGUAAAGGCGUGUAUUAAUAACGUAAAGACUGCCUUGGCUGCAACCAGUCCAGCUGUGAGAACUGCUGCCGUGUCUCUCCUGGCUGUGAUGUACCUGUACAUGGGCGCUCCUCUGCGUGUGUUUUUCGAGGAUGAGAAAGCUGCGCUGCUUUCACAAAUAGACGCGGAGUUCGAGAAGAUGAAGGGCCAAAUGCCGCCGCCUCCGAUAAGAGGUUUAUCAAAAACGUCUGGGGUAGGAGAGGAGGAAGGUGAUGAUGAGGAAGAAAAUGACAGAGGUGCAGAUGUUGUGGAUCUUCUACCUCGGACAGACAUCAGCGACAAAAUCACCUCCAACAUGGUGUCGAAAAUUGCUGACAAGAACUGGAAGAUUAGGAAAGAAGGACUGGAGGAAGUUACUGCUGUAAUUUCUGAGGCUAAAUUCCUCAAACCCAACAUUGGGGAACUUCCUGUGGCGCUAAAGGCUCGCCUUACAGACUCCAAUAAAAUACUGGUCCAGCAGACUCUCUCCAUCCUCCAACAGAUGGCCACAGCAAUGGGUCCUGCCCUCAAGCAGCAUGUGAGAGGUCUCGGCUUCCCGAUCAUCUCCGUACUCGCUGACAGCAAGAAUGCUGUGCGUGCAGCAGGUUUGGCUACACUGAACGCAUGGGUGGCUCAGACCGGGAUGAAGGAGUGGUUGGAGGGAGAGGACUUGGCUGAGGAGCUGAAGAAGGAAAAUCCAUUCCUGAGACAAGAGCUGUUGGGUUGGCUAGCUGAGAAAUUACCCACCUUGCGCUCUGUUCCCUCGGAUUUCGCACUGUGUGUUCCUCAUCUCUACUCCUGCUUGGAGGAUCGUAACGCAGAUGUGAGGAAGAAAGCCCAGGAAGCACUUCCAGUGUUUAUGAUGCACCUGGGUUAUGACAAGAUGAACAAAGCUGCUGCGAAGCUGAAGCCUGCAUCUAAAGAUCAGGUGGUUGGCUUGCUGGAAAAAGCUCGAACUGCCAUCCCUGCUAAACCUGCAGCUCCGAGUAAAGCAGCACCUGCUGCUGCCAGCAGUGUAAAACCUGCUGCUGCAGCUCCACCAGCUCCAGACAAAACUGUUCCAGUGAGCGAACCACCACCACCAGCAGCAGCAGAAUCCAAAAAGACCAAACCAGCAGCUGCACCUAAAACAAAGACUGUUAUGAAGAAAGCUCCUGGCAAAGUUGAAGAGCAGAAUGGUCCCAUCUUCAUCCUUGUUCCCAACGGGAAAGAGCAACGGAUGAAGGAGGAGAAAAGUCAAAAGGUGUUGAAGUGGAACUUUUUAACACCACGUGAGGAGUUUGUUGACCAGCUGAAGAAUCAGAUGGCAGUCUGUGUAGCCAAAUGGCUGAUGGAAGACCUCUUUCACAUGGACUUCCAAAAACACAUUAAGGCAAUCAACACCAUGAUGGAGCACCUGGAGAUGGGGUCUGAGGCCACAGUCAGCUGUUUAGAUCUGAUCCUGAAGUGGUUCACCCUGCGCUUCUUUGAUACGAACACUAGUGUGCUGAUGAAGGCUCUGGAGUAUCUCAAGCUCCUGUUUGUCACACUCUGUAACCAGGACUACCAUCUCACGGAGCACGAAGCCACACUGUUCAUCCCUUACUUCAUCCUGAAGAUGGGUGAGCCGAAAGAUGUCGUGCGUAAAGAUGUGCGCCACAUCUUUAGCCUUUUGCGCAAAGUUUACCCAGCGAGCAGAAUCUUCCCCUUCCUCAUGGAUGGAACAAAGUCCAAAAACUCCAAACAGAGAGCUGAGUGUCUGGAGGAGCUCUGCUGUCUUGUUAGACUGUGUGGAAUGUCGGUCUUGCAGCAGACGGCAGCAAAAUCCUUGCGUGAAAUUGCUGUUCACAUCGGUGAUCGAGACACGGCUGUUCGUAACGCUGCUUUAAACACAGUAGUGGCAGCUUAUAACGUCUGUGGAGAACAAGUGUACAAACUCAUUGGCCAGCUGUCAGAAAAGGACAUGAGCAUGUUGGAAGAGAGGAUCAAGCGUUCUGUGAAGAAACCCUCAGCUCUCGCUGCUCCUAUUAAACUUCAGCCAGAGGAGAGAACUUCUGGAGCAGCUAAUGCGAACCUGCAACGCAAACCAACCUCUGAAACCACAGCAGCACUUCCUAAGCUGAGUGAGAAUGCAGCAGUUCAGCAGCAGAGCCCUGUGGUGCCACGCCAGUUUCAGCUCGACCCAAAUUUCAUUGUGGAUCUCCCCAAAGCCAUCAUGCCAGAACUUCUGGUGCUGGAGACGACCGACUCGCCUCUGGAUGUACCGGAGUUCAAGUACAAGUUCUCUGCCUUCAGCAGUCUUGAAGAAUCUGCAGCCAGCAUUAGUUUGGUGAUUUCGCAGGUUGCCAGCUCUGACAUGGAAACCAGCAUGCAGGGUCUGGCUAAGAUAAUGGAGAUUUUGCAUAAGGAGAGCGAAUGGAAGUUGAUGUCUGGUCACGUGGAGGAGUUCAUCGUGGCAGCACUGCUGCAACUCGGCUUACAGGCCAGCAGGCGCAUGGGGAAUGGAGGAGCGCAGCACGCAGAGAAACUCUACGCCUCUGUUAUCAGCUCGCUGAACUCGCUGGUUCUGGCAGGGAAACUGUCUCAUGAAGCCUCUCCAGGUGUGUUGAAGAAUCUGGUUCAGACUCUGCUCUCUAUUGCGCUGGAUCCUCGGCAUCAGCAGAGCGCCGGAGAAUCUCAGCUCAUCCGCUCUGUUCAUAUCCUGCUCACAACUUUAUUCAAGACUGCUGAUCCCACCAGCACACUCAGUGCUUUGCUGAUGCUGUUACAGGAGGCCAUCAACUCCACUGCAUCUGUGGAGUUUUCUGAAAUGGUCAUGAAGUGUCACUGGCGUAUGAUAAAGCUGCUUCCAGAGAAGAUCGAGUCGGUCUACCUGGACAGAGUUCUUCUGGACAUCCAUAACUUCAUGAAGGCUUUUCCCAAGGAGUGGCUGAAACAGAAACCCAAUGAUAUGGCUCACCGCACCGUCAAAACACUGCUGCACACGCUGUACAGGCUUGUCGGCCCCAAGAUUAUGAAUCAUCUGAGUCUGAUUGAGAGCAGCAGCGAGUCAGAAGUUGAAGCUCAUCUGAAGAGAGCGAUGAAGCACUCCGUCUCCGCACCAUCUCAGACUUCACAGAACCCAGAAAAUGCUACUAAAAUGAAGGUCCAGGCUUCUGCAGAUGCUGAGAGAGGUGUGAAACCAGCAGCAGGAUCGUGUCCCCGUGCUGAACCUCUGAACAUCGCUCACUUUCAGGAGAAACUGCGGGCUCUGAAACAGAUCCAUGGGUUUCACAGCAACAUGGAGGUGAAGGAGGACAAGUCCAGCCUCCCUGUAGUGAGCGUUAACCCAGCUGUCCCCUCUUCAAUGGACAUGCUGCGCUCUCAGAUGGCUAAACUGCGCGAGUCUCGGGAACAGCAGGGCAGUGAGAACGUCAGGCCUCGCAGUCCUCCUCGGGAUAUUAACGAAUUGCGAGCAAGACUGGAGAAGAUUAAAGCCAACCUGCGUUGAUGCGCGUCUGAACAUUUCCUGUGUUUGUCUGAAGGCUGUGUCUUCUGCAGCCAGCCGUCUUGCACGUCGCUGUAUUUACGUAUGUGUGUUCCUGUACAGAUUUGAACUUGCCUUGUUAGAUUUUUCAGUAAUGGCUUCUAUAUCAGUGUUUGAUGCUUUUACUUGUGCCUUUUCAUGAUUAAAAAUUUUUCAAGAUUUU